AUGGAGGAGGUCUACGUCUUCGGCGAUCAAACGGCUGACUGCCGGGCGUUCUUCACCAAGGUCUUCGCCCGGAAGGACGAUGUCCUGCUCCAGAGUUUCCUGGAGAGAGCUGGUGAAGCCGUCAGAGUCGAAAACACCUACAGAUCCCAUCCCUCCAAAGCAGUCCCUAAUUUUUCAACCGUCCAAGACCUAGUCGAUCGUUAUUACAAAGGGGACACCAGAGACGCUGCGAUUGAGAGCGCCCUCGUUUGCAUUUCACAGUUCACUCAUUUCAUUGGCGCUUUCGAAGAGCGAAGACCUUCAUAUAUUCAGCUUAAUGCAGAUGCACGACUGGUCGGUCUAUGCACCGGUCUAAUUGCUGCGGCCGCGGUCGCUUCCUCAGAUUCCCUGACGGCCCUCAUUCCUUUGGCCGUCGAAGCCGUCCGGAUCGCCUUCAGAGCGGGCGCCCACGUGGGAAGAGUUGCACAGCAAAUCGAGUGUGAUUCUCAACCACAGUCCUGGUCCACCAUUGUCGCUGCGGACGAGAAAUCCGCUCAGGCGGCCCUAGAUACCUUCCACAAAGAGAAGGGUAUAGCUCCGACAAAUAGGUUGUGGAUCAGCGCGUCUUCAGCAACCUCGGUCACGAUCAGCGGUCCACCAUCGACAAAGGCCGGCCUCUUCGAAGAGUCGGAAUUCUUUCGCACGCAGAAGAACGCCCCAGUGUCCAUCUUCGCUCCUUAUCACGCCUCACACCUUCACUCUCUGGCAGAUCUAGAAAAGAUCUUGCGACCCCAAACAAAGACAAUCUUUGGCUCCAGCACCGUCAGAUUUCCGGUCUGCUCAAGUGUGACUGGCAAGCCGAUUCCCGCCGAAAAUGGCUUCGAGCUUCUUCAGGGCGCGUUGAAAGAAAUCAUAAUUGAGCCUCUCAGAUGGGACAAGGUCCUAAAAUACUGUGCAUCGGGCAAGGCGUCGGAGGCCAAGGUCUUCGCCGUCGGGCCAACCAACCUGGCAAGCAGCGUGGUUUCUGCCCUCAAAGCCUCUACACCGAAGGUCUCGCUCGAAGACCAAUCCAGUUGGAGCAAAGUUGCCCCUGGAGGGACUCGCAACUCGAAACGAGAAGCCGACAUUGCUAUUGUCGGCUACGCGGGUCGCUUCCCAGAUGCCGCUGACAGUGAGCUUUUUUGGCAGUUGCUGGAGAAGGGUCUCGACGUUCACCGACCGGUCCCUGCGGACCGGUUCCCCGUGGACUCUCACACCGAUCCAACUUCGAAGAAGAAGAACACCUCACAUACCCCAUUUGGCAACUUCAUUGAGAAGCCAGGUCUCUUCGACGCCAGAUUCUUCAACAUGUCACCCAGAGAAGCUGCUCAGACUGAUCCGAUGCAGCGACUUAUGCUGACAACUGGGUAUGAGGCCAUGGAGAUGGCUGGCAUCGUUCCCGGCAGGACUCCCUCAACCAAGCACGACAGAAUUGGUACAUUCUACGGCCAGACCUCCGAUGACUGGCGUGAGGUUAAUGCCGCCCAAGAUAUUGACACAUACUUCAUCUCGGGUGGCGUACGCGCCUUCGGCCCCGGCCGUAUCAACUACUUUUUUAAGUUCUCAGGACCAAGUUUCUCGGUUGACACGGCGUGCUCUUCCAGCUUUGCUGCCAUGAACGUUGCCAUCACAUCCCUCAGGGCGAACGAAUGUGACACCGCGUUCACUGGUGGCGCCAAUGUGCUUACAAACUCCGACAUUUUCUCCGGUCUUAGCAGAGGCCACUUCUUGUCCAGAACAGGUUCUUGCAAGACGUGGGACAACGACGCUGAUGGCUACUGCCGCGGCGAUGGUGUCUGCAGCGUCAUCAUGAAGCGUUUGGAUGACGCGAUUGCGGACCGUGACCCAAUCUUGGGUGUCAUCCGUGGAAUUGGCACAAACCAUUCCGCCGAGGCCGUCUCGAUCACACAUCCAUGUGCAGAAAACCAAGUCUAUUUGUUUGACAAGGUGCUCAGAGAAUGCAAUGUCCAUUCCAAUGAUGUCAACUAUGUCGAAAUGCACGGGACUGGUACCCAGGCGGGUGACGGCAUCGAGAUGGAGUCCGUCUCUUCUGUCUUUGCACCACGACAACCGCGCAGGCGGCCUGACCAACCUCUGUAUAUUGGGGCAGUCAAGUCCAACAUUGGUCACGGUGAAGCUGUGUCGGGUGUUUCAGCCCUGAUCAAGGUUCUUCUCAUGCUGCAGAAGAGCAAGAUUCCGCCUCACACCGGGAUCAAGAAACAGAUCAACAAGACUUUCGCCCCAGACCUGAAAGAGCGUAAUGUCAACAUCGCCUUCCAGACAACUCCCUUCCCGCGUCCAGCUGGUGGCAAGCGAAUUGUGUUUAUCAACAACUUUAGUGCAGCUGGAGGUAACACAGCAAUGCUUCUGGAGGACGGCCCCGAAGUGCCCAAGGAGCCUACUUCGGACGCGCGAUCAACCCAAGUUGUGACAGUGUCAGCCAAAUCCUUGUCCGCUUUUAAGAGGACCUUGGCCAAGUACGAGGCGUAUCUGAGUGCGAACCCCAAUGUUGGCCUUGCAGAUCUCGCGUAUACUGUGACUGCUCGCCGAUCACACUACAGUUACCGAGCAGCUUUCCCGGUCCAGUCAGUCUCUCAGCUACAAGCAUCAUUGAAGGCGAUUCAGGAGCAGACCCACAACCCUAUCCCUCUGGCUGCUCCUCAAAUUGCAAUGGCUUUUACAGGACAAGGCUCUCAAUACACUGGUAUGGGCCAGAAACUAUUUGAGACUUCGAAGCAGUUCCGAGGCGAUAUUGAACAGUUCAAUGAGAUUGCUCUACGUCAGGGUCUCCCGUCCAUCAUGCCACUUAUCGACGGAUCUGUUGAAGUUCAGCACCUACCGCCCACGGUCGUCCAGCUAGGAAUGUGUUGCAUCCAAAUGGCUCUGACUCGCCUCUGGGCCACCUGGGGAAUCACUCCUAGCGUCGUCAUCGGCCACUCUCUGGGCGAGUACGCGGCUCUCCAAGCCGCAGGUGUUUUAUCUGUUGCAGACACCAUCUACUUGGUCGGCAUGCGAGCUCAACUGCUGGAGCAGAAAUGCACGGCUGGUACUCAUGCUAUGUUGGCGGUGAGAUCCCCAGUCGCUGGGUUACAGGAUGUUGUUGCCAACAGCCAGGGCAAGAUCGAAAUCGCCUGCAUCAACGGCGUUUCCGACACUGUCCUUUCUGGCACCAUGGGCGACAUUGACACAGUGGCCCAGAAGCUGGCUGAUGCCGGUCAGAAAUGCACCAAGCUCAAGUUGCCAUUCGCUUUCCACUCAUCCCAGGUUGAUCCCAUUCUGGCAGACUUCGAGAAGCUGGCCUCUUCGGUCAAAUACCACGCACCACGCGUUCCCGUGAUCUCCCCUCUGUUGAGUGAUGUUGUCAGUGUGGGCGGUGUUUUCGAUGCGUUCUAUCUCAGCAGGCACUGCCGAAAGACGGUUGACUUUGUCGGCGGUCUGUCUGCCGGUAUGUCAACUGCCACCAUCAGUGAUACUUCUCUGUGGCUCGAAGUUGGCGGCCAUCCUCUCUGCGCGAGCAUGAUCAAAUCUUGCCUUUCUGCUCCAACCUUGGCAACCAUGCGUCGUGACGAAGAUCCAUGGAAGAUCAUCUCCUCCUCGAUGGCGGGUCUCUAUACCGCUGGAAAGGCCCUCGACUGGAAUGCUUUCCACAAAGAGAAUGAGUCACUUCGUGUUUUGAACGACUUGCCCUGCUACGGCUUUGAGGAGAAGAACUACUGGCUUCAAUAUACUGGAGACUGGCUCCUGUACAAGGGUGACUACCCCAAGACAAUUGCACCAGCCCCGUCCGCUACUACUCUGGCAGGACCUGCGAAGGCAAGGAAAUAUCUCUCCACUUCUGUGCAGGGAAUCGUCUCGGAGGAGGUCAAGGGCAAGACUGUCACGAUCGUGGCAGAGUCUGAUUUUGCCCACCCCAAGUUGUUCCCUGUGAUUGCAGGCCACCUGGUCAACGGCAGCGGUCUGUGCCCAUCGACCCUGUACGCCGACAUGGCUUACACUUUGAUCAACUACGGCGUGGACCUGUUGCAGCCGGGUGAGAAGGUCGACAUCAAUAUUGGCACCAUGGACAACCCAGCGCCUCUCCUUCUCAAGAACAUCAACGAGCCAGAGUCCCAGAUCGUUAAAAUGUCAACCAAAAUUGAUCUCGAGGCCGGAAAGGCCGAUUUCACCGUGACGAGCAACAAUGGAAAGAAAGAUGUUGUCCAUGCCAAGUGCGUCAUUGUCUUUGAAAACUCGGUUGCGUGGAAGGAGGAGUGGAACAAGACUUCUUACCUCAUCCAGUCGAGGAUUGACCUGUUGAAGCACAAGAUGGAGAAUGGUGAAGCCGACAAAGUCAGCCGUGCAAUGGCCUACAAGCUCUUUGGCGCGCUGGUCGAUUACUCUGACAUCUACCAAGGAAUGCAGAGUGUUGUUUUCGACGGGCCCGAGUUUGAGGCGACAAGCAACAUCAAAUUGCGCGCUGGUCCUAACGAUGGCGACUUUUACUUCAGCCCAUACUUUAUCGACAGCGCUUGCCAUCUGUCUGGUUUCACCGUCAACGCCACAGUCAACCCCCAGGCUGAGUGCUACAUCUCUCAUGGCUGGAACAGCCUUCGAUUCGUCGAGCCGCUACAGCACGACAAGCCGUACUCUGCAUAUGUGAAGAUGCAACCUGUUGCUGGAAGCAAGAUGAGAUCGGGCGACGUUUAUGUCUUCAACGCCAACAAAGAAGUCAUUGGUGUUGCCGGCGGCGUUCGCUUCCAGUGCAUCCCUCGCAAGCUGAUGGAUGUCAUGAUGCCCAAGCCCAAAGUGGCUGCGAAAGUUGCGGCUGCAGGUCCCGCUGUCACGAAGCCAGCUGCGGCGGUGAAAGCCUCAAGCCCGACAUAUGCUGCAGCUCCUGCUUCGGUGGAAUUGCCUGCUCCCAAGACGAAGGCCAAGAAACCGGUCAAGGCUCCAAAGAUCAAGGCACCCGCAGCACCCAAGCCAGCCAGUGGCAGCAUUGCCAGCCGUGCAUUCGACAUCAUCGCCCGGGAGAUCGAUGUCGACCAGUCGGAGCUCAAUGACGAUAUUCAAUGGGCGGACAUGGGUGUCGACAGCUUGAUGUCUCUGACGAUCUCGGGCAAAUUCCGGGAAGAUCUCGACCUGGAAGUCGAAAGCACCCUGUUCACCGACUACGCCUCUGUUGGGGCCCUUCGCAAGCAUCUAGGCGGCAUGUCGGCCCCUGAGGCGGGUCCUGCCGGCGAUGCGAGCUCGGUUGAAUCCACAGACUCAGGAUCGGAGAGCGACGAUGACACGGUCGAGUCAGGCAUCACCACCCCUGAUGAGGACUUUCCCACCAAGUCUCAGGAACACGGCAAGUCGGCCGCCGUUGAAGCAGUUGCCCAACCCCCUUCUGGUCAAGGACAAGACAUGAUCGAGACCAUUCGUGUGGUCAUUGCCCAAGAAAUGGAGAUGGAUCUGGUCGAAAUCACUGACACCACUGAUCUGAGCAAUCUGGGCAUGGACUCUCUAAUGGCCCUGACCGUGCUAGGCAAACUCCGUGAGGACCAUGAGAUCGAUCUCGACCCGACGAUCCUCGCCGAUAACCCGACUCUGUCACACCUUCGAAAGGCGCUGGGUCUCGAGACGGUGAAGCCAGCACCAGCGCCCGCCCAGAAGCACGAGGUGAAGGCCAACAUUGUGGUUGCCCCUGCCGCGCCUCCGGUCGAGGUGGUGGUUCAAAUGCCUCCAGCUACUUCUGUCUUGCUCCAGGGCAAUCCCAAGACAGCCACCAAGAAUCUGUUCUUGUUCCCUGACGGGUCUGGAUCCGCCACCUCUUACGUGUCGAUUCCCGCCAUCGACAGCAAGAACUUGGCUGUCUAUGGUCUCAACUGCCCGUUCAUGAAGGACCCGACCAGUUACACAUGCGGCAUCGAAGGUGUUUCCAAGCUGUACCUGGAAGAAGUCAUGCGUCGCCAGCCUAACGGCCCCUACAUCCUGGGUGGUUGGUCCGCUGGUGGUGUGGUUGCCUACGAAGUCACGCGGCAACUCGCCGACCUGGCCAAACUGUAUCCCGACAGGAACUACACGGUGGAGAAGUUGAUUCUGAUUGAUUCGCCCUGCCCCAUCCGACUCGAGCCUCUGCCGGCCCGUCUGCAUCACUUCUUUGAUGAAAUCGGACUGUUGGGCACCGGCACGGGCAAGACGCCCAACUGGUUGUUGCCUCACUUCGAGUACAGCAUCAAAGCAUUGACUGCCUACCGUCCGGAACUGAAGUCGACGCGUGAUUUCAAGGCACCUGAAACCCUGCUCAUCUGGGCGACCGAGGGUGUCUGUGGCAAGCCUGGUGAUCCAAGACCGCCGCCACAGGCGGAUGAUCCCAAGAGCAUGAAGUGGCUCCUGGAAAACCGGACGGACUUUGGACCCAACGGCUGGGACAAGCUGUUGGGUGCCGAUGUUUGCAAGAUGGUUACGGUUGUCGGUAACCACUUCACCAUGAUGAAGCCACCUGUGGUAAGUUGA